UGUUGGUUGCAAGAUGGCAGCGGCUUUGCAGAUGUUUUUAUUCCUGUUUAAGUCGAAAUAUCGCCGAAAAUGUGUUUUUACGAGUGGAGUGUUUAGUAUGAUUGUAGUGUACUCAAGUGUAUUUAAUUUAGCUUCGAGUACAAACUGUACUGGUGCACAGUGUGUGAACGGGGAAUGUGUGAAUGGCACAGGUUGUGUUUGUUUUGAUGGGUGGCAAGGACCUUCCUGUCAAUUUUGUGGAGGAAAAGUGCGAUUACCAGACACAUCAGGUCAUAUACAUGAUGGUCAUGGAAAUUACUCAAUUGAUGUGAAAUGUAGUUGGCUUGUAGAUGCAGGUGGUAUACCCAAUACCACAAUCCGAUUGCAUCUCGAGGAGUUUGCCACUGAAUGCGGCUGGGAUCAUUUGUAUAUAUUUGAUGGCGACAGUGUCGAUGCGCCCUUGCUCGCUGUGUUCAGUGGUCUUAUGUACAAAGAUGGUUAUACCAUCAGAAAAAUUCCAGAAGUGGUAGCAAAGUCUGGUUCAGCUUUAUUGCAUUUUUACAGUGAUGUUGCGUACAACAUGACAGGAUUCAAUAUUUCCUACAGAUUUAACUCCUGUCCUAGCAGAUCUUCUGCAGUGAAUUGCUCAGGACACGGUAUUUGUAUAGAUGGAGUGUGUACAUGUGAUGCAAGCUAUAUGGGUGAGGCAUGCCACAUAGAAGUUUGCCCAGGAAAUUGCGGGGACAAUGGGGAGUGCAACAUGGAGUCUCACCGUUGUGACUGUCACCGUGGCUUCAAGGGUGAUGACUGCAGUCAGUGGGAAGCAACAGGCUACUGGGAAGUAGUACAACCCAAAGAUUUUGUCCCUGUGGGUUCUGCCUCGCAUGGAGCAGUUGUUUGGAGAGAUUCAUUGUACAUAAUAGGUGGUGAAUCAUUUCAUCGUGCUGAAAUGAUAUAUGUUUAUGACUUCAAUGGUAAUGUGUGGGAAACACAUCACAUGGACAGCAAGAAUGUUCCACAGCCACGUUACGGCCAUUCUGCUGUUCUUUUUGGGGAUAAAAUUUAUGUAUAUGGUGGUGUUGAAGAAAGUGGAACAAUUUCUGCAGAACUUUGGGCAUUUGAUGUAAAUGCCAAAACAUGGGAAAACAUAACAGUUCGUGCAGAGCACUGUAAUGCUACUGCUCCAAAUGGUUCUAUGCUCUGUGGUCCUCUCAGGUCCGCAGGCCAUACAGCUACUGUAGUGACAGGACGUGGUGGAAAGUCAGAGAGGAUGAUUGUUAUUUUUGGUUAUUCUCCUCAUUACGGGUACCUGAACACUGUCCAAGAAUACCAUUUUGGAACACGGGAGUGGAUUAUUGUUCGGACUGUUGGCUAUCCAGUAAAUGGAGGCUAUGGACACAGCAGUGCUCUAGAUCCCCUUACUAAUUACAUUUAUGUGUAUGGUGGUUUUGUGUCUGAAAGUUCAGCUCAAUCAGUUCUGACCAACCGAAUGUACUCGUACAAUCCAAACACCCAUAAAUGGUUACGACUGGCAGAUGCUCCAUCAGCUCGGUUCCUGCACACUGCAACUUUCGUUUCUUCUGGCCUUAUGUUGGUGUUCGGUGGAAAUACUCACAACGAUACAGCUCAUAGUCAUGGUGCUCGUUGUUAUUCUGCUGACCUGCUUGUUUAUGAUGUUCUGUGUAACCAUUGGGAUAUCUCGGAUGCACCCCACCUACUGCGUGCAGAUCUUGCAAGAUUUGGGCAUUCUGCUGUCACGUUUGAGGGUGCACUCUAUCUGUAUGGUGGUUUUGAUGGACAGAUGCUCUCUGAUAUGAUGAGGUUUGUACCAGGAAAAUGUGAAAGUCUGACUAAUGACACUAUGUGCGAAUCAAUAAGGUUUGGAGUGAAAUGUUUGUGGAUACCCCAUGCCAACAAAUGUGUUUCUCUGUCUGCAGAGAACUUGAUUAAUUUUAAAAAUUACAGUCUGUGCAAGGAAACUACCCAGAGUAGCUGCAGUGACUGUCAGGACUGUACCUCAUGCUCAAAUACUUUUGGGUGUGAAUGGUCUAAUGAGAGUAGUUCAUGUUUGCUUAGAGAUGCAGAUAGAAAAAUGCAGGUUUUACCAGCAGAUCGUUGUCCCAACCGUGAACUUGCAGAAUGUAAUCAGCUGCAUAACUGCCAGGCCUGCACUAGUAAUACUCAUUGCCACUGGACUUAUGAGGUGCCAUGCAAAGCAGUGGGAAAUGUUUCUGUUGUAGAACCACAGGAGUCUGUGCCAUGUGGAAGUGUCUGUGCCGAACUGACAUCCUGUUACAACUGCACUCAGGAAGAAUGCAUUUGGUGUCAGAAUGAGGGAAGAUGUGUUGAUAAAAAUGCCUACAGUGUGUCUUUUCCAUAUGGCCAAUGUCGUGAGUGGACAACGCAGCAGAGUCGCUGUCGCUCGCCAGUUGCUGGAAAAUCUUCUUGCAGCUUCUUCGCCACAUGUGCAGAUUGUCGAGAAGAUCCAGCUUGUGGAUGGUGUGAUGAUGGUUCAGGUACAGGUCUAGGAGUGUGCCUUCCUGGUGGAAAUCUGAGACCAGCACAAGACUUCCCUUGCCCUCCCAGCCUCUGGUACUUCACACAGUGCCCAACUUGUCAGUGUAAUGGCCAUAGCACCUGUGCAAAUGGAACAAGUCUUUGCAAUCAACCUUGUGCCAACCUUACACGAGGUCCCCACUGUGAGCAAUGUGUGCAUGGAUAUUAUGGAAAUCCAGUUAAUGGAGGAAAAUGCAGUCCCUGUGAAUGUAAUGAUCAGGGCACUGAAUGCCAUCCAGACACAGGAAAGUGUUUUUGCACAACAAAAGGCAUUGUCGGUGACCACUGUGAGCGGUGUGAUACUCAGAAUCAUUACCUUGGAGAUCCCACAAAUAAAGGCUCUUGUUUCUAUGAGCUCACAAUAGACUAUCAGUUCACUUUUAAUUUAUCAAAGAAGGAUGAUCGCCAUUAUACACAGAUUAAUUUUAGAAAUAGUCCACCAAAGUCGGAUGUGGAUGCUGAAUUUAGUAUUACUUGUUCAGUUCUAGCGAAGAUGAACCUCACCAUGAAGACUGCUAACAACGUAGAAAAACCAAUAUUGACCAAUCAUAAUUGUACAAGCUAUCGGUAUCGCUUCAACAAGGCUGAACAUAAUUUUGGCACUUUGGAUAAUGUUACAUUGACUACUUUCUAUGUUUAUGUGUAUGAUUUUCGGCCACCAUUAUGGAUUCAGAUCUCCUUCUCACAGUAUCCAAAGCUGAAUUUGCAACAGUUCUUCAUCACAUUUUCAACGUGUUUUUUACUCUUACUUCUUGUAGCUGCUAUUCUCUGGAAGAUCAAGCAGAAGUAUGAUAUGUACAGAAGAAGACAGAGAUUGUUUGUGGAGAUGGAACAAAUGGCAAGCCGUCCUUUCUCCCAAGUACUAGUUGAGAUAGAACAACGGGAGAAGUUGGAAGAUUCCUCAGAGUCAAUAUCCACACUUAGGAAAAAGAAAAAGGAUUCACCAAGUCCCAUAGCACUUGAGCCUUGUUGUGGAAACAGAGCAGCAGUUUUGUCCCUGCUGGUCAGGCUUCCAACAGGUGGUGAAAUGUAUACGCCUCCAGGGCAGUCAGCUGGAUUAGCAGUUGCAUCGGCCCUGGUGACUCUUGGAAACCCAAGGAAAGUGAGCAUAGAUCCCACAGGAAAAACUGAAGCAAAGGCAAAAUCUCGAAAAUCUCUUUCAAGUCAGCAUCCUGACAGCUGUAUAUAGCAUCAUAUCUUCAGCAGUCCCAAGUUGGCUAUUUCGUGAAGUUCUCAUUCAGCACUAAUGUGUGCAGAGUGAGCAAGCUGUGAUAGUGUAGCAUGCCACAAGAUUCUUGCUGUGUCAUUAGUUUAGCUGAUCGUGUGAAUCAACAAACUGGUGUCUAAUCCAAAGGAUUUAUUCUGUUUUCUACAAGACAGUGUGCUAGGUAUUAAGUUUUUUAAGAAAAAAAGGAAUCUAGUCAAAAGACUAAUGUUAAGUGUUCACUUACCAUCCUAUGUGCUGGUGCAUCCCCUUUUUGCAAUCCUCUCUCCCUAAUGGACUGAUUAGUAACUUAACUUAUUAUUAUUCUUAUAAUUAUUUGCAUUUCCUGCAAAGCAUAAGACUUCCAUUCUCUUAAGAGAAAGUGAUAUCUUUUUAUAUAAUCUAAAUGUGAAAUUAAAAUAAGGAUAUCGAACUUGAGUAAAGGUAGAUGAAAGAACAAAUUUCAGUAAGUCAAAAGACAAUUAUAAAUGUUGUCAACUCAAUACCUAUAGCUGCAGAGAUCAUUUCAGUAAUUAGUAAUUGAGAGGGAAGGUAAUGAUCCCUGGACAAGCUGGUCAGUAAUAAGAACUAAGUACGGGCAUGAGACAUAGUGCAUAGUUUUGGUACAUGUGAUUACUGUCAGAGACAUUAAUAAGGCACUCUAAAAAAUUAACUGAACUCUUCAGUACGUCAUUCUAGAAAUGACAAGAUAUGAGAGUGUGUUAAAGAGUACAACAAAAUUCCCACUCAGGGGGAAGGUAGUGUAUAAUCAAAAAGAAAUAUGUCUAGAGAGAACAAUUUAAAAAGAAAUUAUGAAUAUUUUGUAUGUUAUACUGUGAGAAUGUGAUCUAUGAACAGUUAAAACAGGACAAAGACGAGAGGAAGGAUGUUGGACAGUUCUGAAUUUGUAGCUAGUCAUUUGUUGAAGAGAAACUGCCCAUAAGUAAUUUGAAAGAAUAUUGAAGUUGUGGACAUGGAAUACCAAACAAUCCUUGCACAUAUUAGGUGGUAGUAUUCUUUAGAUGAUACAGUUCUUGGUGAAGAGGAUGCUGAAACAGAAAUAUCACAUCUUCCAAAAUUCUUCUCAGACUUUUUGUAAAAUUUAACAUCAGUAACGGGGCAGGUGAAGGCUGUUAUAUAGCCUACUAUUAAAAAUGACAAAUUUCCUGUAAAACUUUCAUUAGCCAUAAUGAAAUUUGCAUUUCAGUAAGUGUACACUUGCUUUUAAAGUGAUGUUAUUUGGUCACUUAUAAUAAGUGUACACAUUUAAAAUCUUAUGAAGUUAUGACUCACUUUGUGAUUGAUUCUGGCUUUAUUGAAAAUUUGCUUCAAAAUAAGCAGUCCAAGCUUGUAAAUUUUUGUUACUGUUUUUACUCAUGAUGAAAACCACUUCAGUUCUGAUUCUGUGCUCUGGCAUAGUAACAUACUUAUCUCCAGUAUAUAGACUCCAGUGAUGAAAUUUUCAUUUAGGGUAUAAGUUAACACUAACAAGAUGUCCACAAGGGAGGGGAGCUGCCCACAGUCUUUGUCCUUACACUCCAUUCACUUGUGCUGUCCAGAUUACAACAACAUUCAAUUAUAAAUUUAACAUUGACUGCCAUGGUUUACCUGUUUGAGGAUUACACAGAAUGCAGUUUCCACUGCUGGUCCUUCUUUUAUAUAAAAUUGCUCCCCUAUUUAUAUUAUAGUGACAGAGCACCACUGGUUUGAUUGGGUCAUGAUUGUUAUAAAAGCAUAUUCCCUUGUCACAUUCAUCCACUAUAGAGUUUUAAUUGGAUGUUGUAGUAAUGUGUACCAUUUGAGAUAACAGGUGUCUUAGUGUAUAGCCCCCCAGUGGUAUUCUUGUACAGUCUUCAGUUCCCUUGAACGCCUGCCGGAUUUAAAAUUUUACAAAUAGUGUGUGACCACAGUUUUCUCUAUAGUAAGUCUUGCAGCUCUUGUAAACUUCUUAUGUCUCUUGUAAACUUCUUAUGUCUCUUCUAUAACUGAUGCAUGCAUUGUGGAACCAAGCAGGGUAAUGCUCUAAUGAAGCAGUUACAUGUGUGAGAGAUACACAAUUUGAUCUGAGAUGAGUACAGGAACAUAGACCAGACCUUUGCCCACUGCCCCCAAUAGCUGAUAAAAUUAAAAUGGCUGAAACCAAUAGAAUUGGGAUAAUAUGCAAUGUAACAUCAUACACAUACUAUCCUAUUAUGCCAUAUUAGCCAGAAAGUUUUGAGAGCAUGGAAUAACUAAAUGAAGCUUUUGUUAGUAGUAAAUAGUAGCAUUCAAUGUUCCAGUAGUAGUAAGUACUCAGUUUGUGAGGUAAAUGUACCACAUACCUUUUGUUGUGUCAGUCAUCAGGGCAAAUCUUCAACAAGUGAACAGGGUCUAUGAGUAAAUGCUUUAGGAUUAUGUCCUUUACAGAAGGUGCAGACUUGAGAUGCUGGUUGAAGUAGAGCCUGCAGUUAAAGGGGCAGUUUCUGUAUAGAAGUUGAAAUAUUGGUGAUUGUUAUGGCAGGUGUAAUGAUAUGCUGUAACAAAAAGUUACUCAAUUAACAUUGCAUGUGAGUGCUGAUGUAUAGUGGCUCCAUAUAUCAAGAGUCUUUUGGGGAACAUACCACAGUGACUAGAGCAUGUACACUCAGGCAUUUUUUCUCUAAAAAAUUAUCCAUGUUGUUAUCCUCCAGGAUAUUGUGUCCCCAUGAAAAACCUUGUGCUUACUUUCUCUGUCUUGUGUAAUGACGUGUCUCACUAUCAGAGCAAUCGUAUAAUUGGAUAUAUGUAUGCAUUAUAUAUGCAUAUACUACAUAGCCACUUACUACUUCUCAUUGCCUGUCCAUGAUGGUAAAUAUAUGUAUACUGGUGUUAAGAAAGCUUGCAUCAUGAACAGCAGAUAGCUGUGUGCUCCUUAGAAGUUUACAAAAACGAGUGAAAUUCGGUAUUUGUUCUCCAAUCACAUACAUGCUCUCCAGUGCCAGAACUAUCAAUAUUUGUUGCUCUAUGUAAGGCGCUGAGGCUCACUUUCAACUACUAAUGUCUUACAUAUCUUCUGAAGAUAUUUAACAAUAUUGUGAAAAGGAUAGUUGUUACUCACCAUAUAGCGGAGAUGUUGAGUCGCAGAUAGGCACAACAAAAAGACUCUUAAAAAAUGAGUUUUUGGCCAACAAGGCUUUCGUCAGAGAUAGAAAACACACACACACACAAAUGCAAACACAAUGCAGUCUCUCUCUCUCUCUCUCUCUCUCUCUCUCUCUCUCUCUCUCUCUCUGUGUGUGUGUGUGUGUGUGUGUGUGUGUGUGUGUGUGUUCUGUCUCUGACGAAGGCCUUGUUGGCCGUAGCUCAUUUUCUGACAGUCUGUUUGUUGUGCCUAUCUGCGAAUCAGCAUUUCCACUGUAUGGUGAACAGCAACUAUCCUUUUCAUAAUAUUGUUACAUUCCAACCUGGAUUUUCCAAUUCUGAAGAUAUUUCUUUCAUAUGUGAUUCACCAGACCUUAAGGGGAAAUUAAGUUUGUUAUCCUUAUCUCUGACACAUUUAUUUAAUUUCACCCUGUCCUCUUUCUCCUUUUACUGCUUUACCCCCAAAAUUUGUCUUUGACUGUGAUAAACUAAUUUUUAUUAUUUUUCUUUUCUUCUUGUCUGUGCAUGUAAAUAUUUUUCUGUCUGUUGGUUUUAUGCUUUCAUUAUUUGUAAUUGCAUUUUUGUUACGCAGGGUCUUGUUUUUCUUUUCCAUUUUAUUUUUUCUCUUCUGACUUCUUCCCUUGUCCUUGUCCUAGUGUUUGUCGGCAACAUAAUAUUGUAAGUGGAUAACUCUUAUUGGCUCCUAUGGUAGAUAAGUGUGGUUUCUGGCAUUUGUUCUUCAGAUGUUUCUGUUGUGUACUUAAUGUCCUAUAUUGAUGAAAUGCCUCAUUUUUGUUGCCUUCCCUCUUUUUUAUCUUUUCCCUGUCUUUGUUGUUUGUUUAUUUCCAUGAUGGGAACUUUCCUUUAUACAAUCUUUAUUAUUUACUUUGUAUAUUGUGACUACACAGCAUUAUCUACUGCAGUUAUGUACACAUUUGUAACUACCUUUAGUCAGUUUGAUACCUUUUCAUAUUGUUGUCACAAACUUUACAAUAUUUUUCAAAGUGGAGAGAGAUGAUAACAAAAUACUCAAUUCCAGAAAAUGAACUAAAGGAUCUGAAGUAACUAUUGAUGUAAUUAUUUAUCCUAUGAACUGUUUUUACUCUUGUAAAAAAUGAAAGUUUAUUAUUUGUACAGUCUUUUUUAAUAUAUUUUUGUAAUUUUCAAGUACACAUUUUUAUUUUUAUUUAAUGAUUUAUUUAUUUAUGAGCAUAUCAAAUGUUAUGGAAAUGGUCUUAAUGUGUUAUAUCAUAUACAUAUUCAUUAUUUGUUCUGUUUAAUAUUGUUGUCCUGUACAGUGCAUUGAAUAAGUCCAGUAUAAGGACUCAUUAUAUUGUUGUGAAAGCAGAAUUCUUUUCCUGGUACAUGCUUAUUACUAUUUUCUAGUUAAUAUUCAUAAUUUACUAAUUUUUAUGUAUGUGGUGUUUUUUGCUGUUUUUAAUGCAUCAGACUCUGCAUUUGUUGGCAGUAUUCUGAUAACUUGUUUCAAAGGAACUACAUUUUGUUUAUGUUGGCACAAACAUUCCUUUGUACUCGCAGUACAUCCUUCCUAUGCAAUAAUUUGUUUUAGAAAUGAAGCCUUGUGUGUAAAUAAUGUUGGUUUAUAAAAUCAGCCAAUAUUAUUUGGUGGUGAAUUUGUAUGUAAGCAUUUCACGUCCAAGGGACAUCAGACUAAAAUUAAUUUUAGUUGUCAUUGUCUUAAAUUCAGAGUAUUGUACAUUUUAGUCUUUUUUCUUCUUCCUUCUGGUUAGAAAUGUACCACUUUAAUUGCACUUUCAUGUGCUUGAACAGUAUUUGUUUAGUACUAACAAAACUACAAAAAUGUAAAGUGCAUGUUGCCAAUCUGCAGGAAAUGUAAUGAAUGAAAUUGUGUUUUA